AUGAAGUAUGAAUUUGAGAUGAGUCUUGGAGGAGAACUCACUUACUUUCUUGGUCUCCAAGUUAAGCAAAUGGAAGACAUCAUCUUUCUAUCUCAAAGCAAGUAUGCUAAAAGUAUAGUGAAAAAGUUUGGUCUUGACAAUGCUAGCCCCAAAAGAACUCAUGCUUCUACUUAUGUGAAAGUGGCUAAGGGUGAAAAUAGAGUUAAUGUAGAUCAAAGCUUGUAUAGAAGCAUGAUUGGAAUUCUUCUCUACCUCAUAACAAUUAGACAUGGCAUCACAUUUUAUGUAGGAUAUUGUGAUACUGAUUGGGAUGGAAGUAUUGAUAAUAGAGAUAACACCUCUGAUGGAUGUUUCUUCCUUGGCAACAACUUAAUAUCUUUGUUAAUAAAGAAGAAAAAAUAUGUCUCAUCAUCUACUAUUGAAGAUGAGUAUAUUGAUUCAGGGAGCAGUUGUACUUAA